AUGUCGUCAUGGAACCGAGCCAGCGGGAAGUGGGCGGUCCCUCACCGGCUUCACGCUGAUUGGUCGAGUAUUCAGCGCUUCCCUUCCUCAUCGGUGAGUCCAUUCAGGGGUCGGCUAAUGCUGAAGCUGUUAGUGCCUUACCAGCGCUGCCCAUACAACACGAUGGCAUCACUUUCACAGACAAAGGAGCUCUUCAGGAGAGCAGAAGCCGUGUGUUUCGACGUGGACAGCACAGUCAUCAAAGAAGAGGGCAUAGAUGAACUUGCCAAGUUUUGUGGUGUGGGGGACGCAGUCACUGAAAUGACUCGCAAAGCCAUGGGUGGCUCCAUGACAUUUAAAACAGCCCUGACUGAGCGUCUUUCCAUCAUCCGGUGUUCAAGAGAACAAGUGAACAAACUGAUAACAGAUCACCCACCUCAGCUGACUGCAGGGAUCAGGGAGCUCGUGGACCGCCUGCACCAGCGCAACAUAAAGGUGUUCCUCAUCUCAGGUGGCUUCCGCUGCAUUGUUGAACAUGUGGCCACUCAGCUAAACAUUCCUCUGCAUCAUGUCUAUGCUAAUCGGCUCAAGUUCUACUUCAAUGGAGAGUAUGCUGGUUUUGAUGAGAGUCAGCCCACAGCUGAGAGUGGUGGAAAAGGAAAGGUCAUCAGCAUGCUGAAGGAACAAUAUGGCUUCAAGACUGUGGUGAUGAUCGGAGACGGAGCUACUGAUCUCGAGGCAUCCCCUCCUGCUAGUGCUUUCAUUGGAUUCGGAGGGAACGUCGUCAGGCAGCAGGUUAAGGAGCGAUCUUCGUGGUACGUUACGAGCUUCGGGGAGCUGCUAAAGGAACUGGAGAAGAUUUAAAGAUGCUAAAAAGAGUACUGUAACUAAUUUUAACCUUUUAUAUUUGCACCCAAGGGUGUGCCUCGCAAUGGUUUUAUCCAGUGCACAGUUCUCCUUCUAUAGAUUUUUAUAAUGAAUGAAAAUGUUUACACUAGUGACACCUAUCUUACCUUCAUGGGGACGUUGUCUUAUUGAUUUUUAUACUAAACAGUACUAAACCAAUAACCAAACACCGUCUAUAUGGUGGCUUAGAAGAGAAUUUUAGAUGUUUUUGCACUUUUUGCAUCAAGACCUUUAGUUAAGCUAAUACACACUUUUAUGAUAGAAUUGUUUUGUUUCUGUACGACACUCUGCUGUAACCACACGUCAAUGUGUGUAGAGAACCAGCAUUAAACAUGAAGCAUGCCAUCAAAAA